AUGGAUAGUUGCGCUGAAGAUCAUGAAGUCCCAAAUCGAGCUGAAGGUCAUAUGACAGAUCAGGGUUUGGAUGAUAUGUCUGAAAACGGCGGUGAUGAGGCAAUCCAUGAUGAAGUAGUUGUUAUUAAUGGAAUGGAUGAUUUGUUGAAUUAUGAUAUGAAGAGCUUAAGUUGUGAAGUAGCUGCAAAGUUUCAAUUCUGUACCCGUGAUGUUGCGUUUGAAUUUUAUAACCUAUAUGCCUUGGUGAAAGGUUUUGCAGCGAGGAAAAAUAAAAUCUUAAGGAACAAAAAAGGGGAGGUUGUGCAACAAUCGUUUGUUUGUUUUAGGCAAGGAUUCCGUAAAGUUGUAGCACAAGACAGCCGAAAGAGAAAGAAGCAGGCUGAGCGAAGAUGUGGUUGUCAUGCAAACUUCCGUGUGCACAUUGACAUUGCAACUAGUCGUUGGUAUGUUACAAAAUUUGAGGAUGAACACAAUCACGAUUUGUUAAAUGAAAGACAUGUUGGAAGGUUGGCACUACAUAGAAGGUUAAGUGAGGGUGAUGUUAUGCAGCUUAAUGGCAUGCGGAAUGCAGGCAUAGGGGUAACUGGAGUUUACAACCUCAUUGCUAGUCAAUCUGGGGGCUUUGAUAGGGUGCCCUUUACGAAAAUGAACUUACACAAUCAGAUAGGGAAACAGAGGAGGAAGUUGAAGUGUGAUGUCCAAACUGCUAUUGAGUACCUUAAGGAGAAGCGCAAAUUAGAUCCUCAAAUGUUUUGGAGACAUCAUGCUAACGAGGAUGGGAAAUUGCAACUUUUGUUUUGGUCAGAUGGCAUAAGCCAAAAGAACUACGAAGUCUUUGGUGAUGUUGUAGCGUUUGAUGCCACCUACCGUAAGAACAAAUAUCAGUACCCAUUUGUGAUGUUUUCUGGUGUGAACAACCACAACCAAACAACGGUGUUUGCAAGCGCAAUAAUUGCAAACGAGACUGAAGAGACAUAUAUAUGGCUGCUUGAGAGAUUGGUUGAGGCUAUGAAAGGAAAAUGUCCUACAUCAGUUAUUACUGAUGGUCACUUGUCCAUGAAAAAUGCUAUAACCACUGUAUUUCCUAGUGCUCAUCAUAGAUUAUGUGCUUGGCACCUACUGCAGAAUGCUACCAGAAACAUUAAAGUUCCAGGGUUCACUGCUGAGUUCCAAAAAUGCAUGUUGGUUGAGUAUGAAGUCGGUGAAUUCAAACAGAAGUGGGAUGGUUUGGUAACUAAAUUUGGUGUGGAAGACAAAGAAUGGGUGACACAUAUGUAUGAAAAUAGAAAGAUGUGGGCAGUAGCUCAUAUUCGGGGUUGUUUUUUUGCUGGGUUCCGAACCACUUCACGAUGUGAGAGUUUGCAUUCAGAAAUCAAGAAGUUUAUACAUUCAAGAUAUAACCUGACAGAGUUCUUAAAACACUUUGAAAGAUGUUUGAAUUUUAUGCGUUUUAGGGAGGUGGAAGCAGACUUGGCAUCGGUGGUCGGGAAGCCACCCCUUGAGACACCCUUCAAGCAACUUGAGAAGUCAGCUGCUUCUUUGUACACACCUGCGAUUUUUGAAAAAUUUCGUGGUGUAAUUCUUAAAGCAUUCCUUGUUUACGUUAGUGGGCGUAAAAUGACAGCUUGUUUCCAGAUAUUCACAGUUUCAAAGUUCCGCACACCGAGUAAGGAGUGGCAUGUAUCCUUUUAUCCACCAACACCUGUGCUCAAAUGUUCUUGCCAACGAAUGGAGUCAAUUGGCCUUCCAUGUGAGCAUAUUGUUGCUGUAAUGGUUAUUUUGGGUAUGCGUGAAAUUCCAACAAGCCUUGUGCUUCACAGGUGGACAAAACGUGCUAGAGACUCUAUUGAAUGCUAUGCUGCUGAUGUUAGUGCUAACUGGGGUCCGGUCAACAUGGCUCGCCAUGCAGUUUUAUUAAAUGGUUGCAGAGAGAUGUGCAAAUUAGCCGGUGAUUCACUAGAGGAUUUUACUACCACAAGAGAGCUAGUCACAAGCCACACUGCAAGACUGAAAAGUAAGCAAAAUGGGAACCAGGUUGAUGAGAAUAUUCAUGAAAACAAUGAAACUGAAAACAAUGAUACUGUCUUGUUGAGGAACCCUGAUCGUGCGCAACGCCCAGGUGGUGGGGCAAGUACUUCAGGCACCAAAGGUAAUCGCCGCAGAAAGACUAUGUGUAGUGUUUGCAAGACACCGGGUCACAAUAAAGCUUCAUGUCGUCUAAAAGGGCAGAUCCAUGAAAUGGCGCAACAUGUAUACGGUGGGGAAACACAACGUGAAACUGAACAAGACCCACCCUAUUACAGCCAAGAAUUUUUGAAUAAUGAGGAUCUAUUGUAUCUCCAUAGAAGGGAGAGUAAAUGUGAACCAUGUAGUUGUAUUAUUUCCUGGGUUAUCAGGAUAUAUUGUAUCUCCAUAGAAGGGAGAGUAAAUGUGAACCAUGUAGUUGUAUUAUCUUGGGUUAUCAUGAUCUAUUGUAUCUCCAUAGAAGGGAGAGUAAAUGUGAACUCUGUAUCUGUAUUAUUUUGUGGGUUAUCAUGA